UCCUAUACAACGAAGGUAUCAGUGAAACUGAUGAAUUUAAUCAAUUCAAACUUAGCCUUCGAAUAAAAACACUAAUUAUCUCAUAAUUAUCCACACAGUUGCCAUUUAUUCACCUAAAUCUAUUAAACCAUACAAUUUGUAUGCCCUAAAUAUCAUCGCAAUUAACAAUUCGCUGUGGAGGUCAUCUUCCUCAGGCUGCCCCGCGAUAAGCUGCAUUUAGGUGUGUCGCAUUUCAAUCCCGCACUGUAAUUAUGGGGCUGGGUGAUGUGGUGAGUGUCCUGGAGACCUACCGAGGUAGAGAGAAGACCCUGAGGACCCUUCAGUAUGGUCUCCUUUUUCUCACACCAGCAGCCAGAGACUCCCCCAGUACUAAAGCUGUUCUUGAGGCAAUCAGUGCCCAGGUUGGAGGGGUCCGGGUCAUCCUGCGACUUUUUGAUGACCUGUCCAUGCUCCAGUACUCCAAGGAGGUGCUGAGGCAAAGCAAGGGAAAAGACUGGAUAGUGAGGUGGCUGGAGGUGGCCAACAUUGUGGUGGAUCAACUCUUCUUUCCUGUGGAGCACUUGGCUUGGGCAAGGGAUGUCAAGAUUCUUCGAGGCAGCUCCUCCUCAUUGUGGCAUGCCUCUCUCCUUCUCUGGGCUGCUUCUCUGGUUCUUACCAUUCUGAGAUCUUUGCGAAAAAUUUCCCUCAUGCAGCAAAAUAAUGUAAGACUGGCAGCAGAGGAAAAAGAGAGGCAAGAGGAGAAGUAUGAAACAGAGCUGUUGACCAUCAUCAUGCAUGCAGCUGACCUCCUCAAUGCACUCAACUGGUUGCCCAACAGACCUUGGAGCAAACCCUUCCCAGUGUGGCAGGUAAGGUCACAGCGCACCUGGAGGCCUUGGCAUCUGCCUUUCCCUUUAUGGCAGGUAGGAGUAUUUGGUUUGGUAUCAUCCUUAAUUGGCUUCCAAAAACUUAUCCAACCAAGAUUAUGAAGUGGACAACUACAGGAGGACUGAUGAGGCUACUCAUCUAGUUAGUCAUUUAUUACGUACAGUAAUCCUGAUAUCCAGACAUUCAUUAACUGGAAUCAUCAAUAUGCGGACAUACACCAGCUGCCAGGGUGACUCAGGCUUCCUGUCUCACUUCUCUCUUUCUUUCCUCCUUUCUCACAGGCAAGUCAGCAUGAGUAGUGUUAUGGCAAACGAGUGGUCUAUCCUUAUAAAUAAUCUAUAUCUUCAGGUAUGUGAGCUAAACACAGAAAUACGUAUACCACAUAUAGCACAUACAUAUUUAUUUUUACUACCUGCAGAUAUGCUAUAGACUAAAUGAUAUGCUAUUUUUUAUUAAAUGCUAUUUCUCUCAUUUACCAUCGUUAUUUUUAGCACCUACAUAACUACAACUCUUCCCUUUUCCCAUUGUUCCUUGGUUGUGUUCACGUCUCUGCUGUUCAUCACCUGUUACCUCUUACCACAGAGCACAUGCUUGUUUUUAUGGUGCCCUGUCUUCUCCAAGAUUUUCUUAUCCUUUCUUGCUUUCUCCUGUGUUGUGGGGCCAUGGCCCCACUACCAGAGAAACUUAAAAAAAGGUGGUCAUGCCCUCAGAGAAGUAACAGAUCUUGAAGAAGGUUGACAAGGGGUGGUUAUCUUCACCCAUUAUGAGUGACUAUGGCCUUGUCCAUCAGACCCUCUUUGAUGUCAAGAAAUCUUGUGACAAGCUGUUGCAGUGCUUGGCUGAUUUUGGCAAGGAGACCAUAAUACCAAAUGGAAAACCUCUACCUUCCCAUCGUCCGCAGAUGUUGAGUGUUUGACAUUACUUUGGCUUCAUCAGUGGCAAUUAGCUGGUGUGUUGCUUUAAGAUACUGAGUUGAAGGAUGCUGCUGAGAAGUUUGCUCGCCAUACUGGUCAUCAUGAAUUCAAAGCCUCUAAAAGUUGGCUCUUCAGAUUCAAGCUUUGCAAUGGGCUUAUAAACCAUGGGAUGCAAGGAAAAGCCUUGGAUGUAAAUGAUGAGAAAGUGAAGGACUUUCAAAAGCAGUUGUUGGAUUUGAUUGAAAGAGAGUGCAUAAUUCUGUCAGAUUUAUAAUGCUAAUGAAACAGGUCUCCUCUACUUCUCAUUGCUUACAAACACCUUGGUUGAGGAGGCAGAAAGGUAGGUUCCUGUUCUCAAGGUCUCCAAGGACUGUGUGUCUGCUUUGUGUUGCACCAGUGCUACUGGGCAUCAUCAUUUGAAACCCAUUAUUGAUAGGCACUCAAAGCAACCUCAGUGCCUCUGUUGAACAUAAGAACAUAAGAAAUAAAGGAAACUGCAAGAAGCCACCAGGUUUACAUGUGGCAGUCCCUGUAUGAAAUAUACCUACCUAUUUCCACCUAUCAUCCCCAUUCAUAAAUCCGUCUAAUCUUCUCUUAAGCUUCCUAAUGCCUUAGCACUAACAACAUGAUUACUGAGUCCGUUCCAUUCAUCUACCAUUCUAUUUGAGAAGCACUAACAACAUGAUUACUGAGUCCAUUCCAUUCAUCUACCACUCUAUUUGGGAACCAAUUUCCUCCUAUCUCUUUCUUAAAUCUAAAUUUUUCAAGUUUGAACCCGUUAUUUCUUGUUCUGUCCCGGUUGCUGAUCCUAAGAAUUUUGCUUACGUCCCCCUUGUUAUAACCCUUAUACCACUUAAAGAUUUCUAUCAGAUCCCCUCUUAACCUAUGUCUCUUUAAAGAUUGUAUAUUUAACAGUUUUAAUCUUUCCUCAUGAGGAAUACUCCUCAUACCCUGUAUCCUUUUAGUCAUUCUCCUUUGUACUGAUUCUAAGAGAACUAUAUCCUUCCUGUAAUGUAGGGACCAGAACUGCACAGCAUUGUCUAGAUGAGGUCUGGCCAGCGCCAAAUAUAAUUUUAGUAUUACUUUGGGCCUUCUACUUUUAACACUCCUGGAAACUAAUCCUAAUACCCUAUUUACCUUGUUUCUGGCCUCUAUACAUUGCUUUCCUAGACAGAGCUUAGAACUAACUAUAACUCCUAAAUCUUUUUCGUACCCUGAACCUACCAGAGUUUCAUUGUUUGUUGUGUAUAUAACUCCUAAAUCUUUUUCGUACCCUGAACCUACCAGUUUUGUUGCUUAUUGUGUACCUACUGUGUGGGUUUCCUCUACCUAAGCUAAGUACUUUGCAUUUGUUGAUAUUAAACUGCAUUUACCAUCUAUCAUCCAUUCAUUCAUUCAUCCUAUCUAAAUCUGUCUGCAAGGCAAUGACAUCCGAUUCUGACCUAAUUAAUCUAUCUAUCUUUGCGUCAUCCGCAAAUUUACUAACAUCACUAUUAAUUCCACUAUCCAAGUCAUUGAUAUAUAUUAAAAACAACAAUGGCCCUAAUACUGAUCCCUGUGACACCCCACUAAUUACAUGACAUGGGUGAUGGAUGUCCUCCCUGUCAUUUGGUACCAUUCCAAGAAUGCUUGGUUCACAUACAAUAUCUCUGAAUGGUUUACUAACCAUUUUGUUAAUGAUGUCAUCCAUUAUUAAACAAAGGGACUUCGAUUUUCUCUUGACCAGGUAAAAGCUCUCCUUCUCUUGGACAAUGCCCUAAUGCAUCAAUCCAAGCACGAGCUGGUUGCAGACAAUGGUCAUAUCUAGUGCAUGUUUUUUUCCACCAAGUACAACAUUGUUGAUCCAACCAAUGGACCAUGGAGUUAUUGUGACAAUGAAGAGGCUAUACUGGCAGAAGUUUUUAGACCAGGUCAUGGUGGUCCCUGGAAAGGAGACAAGUGAAGGGCAGGGUACACAAAGCCAGAGAACCAGGGAGAACCUUCAGCACUACACUGUUAAGUCUGCAAUUCAUAACUGGGCGAAUGUUUGGAAAUAAAUUGACAUGAAAACCCUAGAAAAUGCCUGGUCUUGUCUCCUGAAGGGUGACAAUAACAGACAUAACUUUGAAAGGUUUGGUGUUGGUGACUUCUACACACACUUGCAUGAGCCAGGUGAGCAGGUAAACUUCAGUGAUGUUUGUGAGUGGCUUGACAAUAAUACGGAUGAUCCCGGCUAUCAAAUCAUGCCUGAUGCCAAGGUUGCUGCUUCUGUGUCUGCCUCUCAGCCAGAAGAUGGUAGUGAUGAUAAUGACACAGAUUACUCAGCUUCUCCACCCAUGCCCUACUUAAGCACAGCCAAGGAUGCCUUUGACACUAUUCUGUAGAUUACUGAACACCCAACCUAUGAUAGGGAAAUGAUGAGCCUUCAGUAUGUGGAGCAGCUGCGUGUGCUGCAUGAUGCUGUCAUCCACCCCCUAUACCAUCAGUCUCAUCGCCACAGGCCACAAUCAACUCAUCCUUCAGGCCUAUGACCUUGCAUUCCACAUCUAGCCCUUCCAUUGCUGAACCAUCCACAUCUCAGCCUCAUCCCAGCACACCAGCAGCAACUGAGUCAGCCUUGCCCUCCAGUAGGAAGUCACCAGGCCAAUCCACUUACCCUCUGCUCCUCAAUGAUGAGGUAAAAUUAGAGAUAACAACAAAGGAAAAAAAUAUGAGGAGAUGACAGAAGAGGUAAAAUUUGAGGAGACAACAGUAGAGGAGGUAAAACAAGAGGAGUAAACCCUCACACCUUUCAGGCAUUAAUUCCCUGAGCGAAGCGAGGGGCUUCUAAUUUUGUUACCACACAUCUCUACAAACGACCGCUUCACCUAGCCCCUGUAGGGUACAUCAAUGGUUUAGCAAGGAGCAUCUUUUGGUGUCCAUUGCAUAUAAAAAUUGUGAUUUCAGUUUUGGAAACACUUUCCAGUUGGUAACUUUUGAUAGCGCAUCUUUUUUUUAUUUUAUGACAUUUCUUUGUCAGACACACCAUUUUGCCGUAUUUUGGAUAUUUUGACAUCAAGCACACAAAAUGCGCGAAUUAUAUGCCAUAACUCACUUCAUAUACGGGAUAGCCAGUUUUCAUUGACGCCAUCAGACUCAGCAGUGACUGUAGAAUCAAAAUGUAUUGUAAAAACUUUACAAAACAAAAAAGAAAAUGGUUUUAUAAUGAGAUGAACUAUGAAGAUGUUAAAAAAAUUUUUAUAACAUGUUUUACUUGUGCUUGCUAUUUUCAAUAGCUAAUCAUUGAAUGCUGAUAUAUACUAUUACAUUAAGUAGGAAAAAACUUGUGAACAUGAUAGUGUGAUCAAAAUGCAGAUAAAUUUCCACAUGUUGAAAAUACAGUCAUUUAUAGCUACAUGUCACUCGCUGCAACCAUCAUAGUGGCGUGACACUUGGCAUGGCGUGUGCAGGCAGGCUCCAUGUGACCAGGUCUGUGACACGUCUAAAGAUUAGAACCCCCCAGCCACUGAGCCACUUUUAAGUUGCUCUGCAGCUUAAAGCGUCUAUUACCUGGUUGUUGUUUUUUUUUAACAAUUUAUGAAAUGAAUGAAGUUGACAUCAGUUUCCCUUCUUUACAAGAUGUCAUUCAACACACACACAUACAGAAAACACAUAAAUAAUCUUGAAAUGAAUUUGUUACAUGAACUACAGGAGGAGGCAGUGUUUGAUACUACUAGACCACAUGAGAUUAUUUUCAGUGAGUGUUAACUUAAAUUUUCUGAGUAAAAUUAUACAAGUAACCUCUCACAACUUUUAUGUCCAAAAGUUUCCUUUUUGUAAUAUAUCAUCACAAGAUGAACAAAUUUGACGUUCAUUUUCUUACACACACACACACACACAAAACAUAAAUCACCUUGAAAAUACCAUUUUGUGUAUUAUAGCAGAUGCAGGACAAAGACAAAGAGAGAAAGGUAAAAAACAAAUCUCAAUAAAUAAGCAUUUGCAACAGAAAUACCAGAAAAGAAACAUGUACAAGUAUGUUAUACUAUACAAUGCCAUUUUCUGUACUGAUGUCCAGUGAGUGACAAGAAUUUAUCAGAUGUGCAACUUCUAAACAUAUGGUGGAUGAAUUAAGGUGGAUAUUGAAGGGAUUACUGUACGUAAUUUUUAUGUAAAGCUUAAAUAUUACAUUGAAGAUUAUAUGUGGCUGUGUAUAUUGGGAUGUCACCUACAUGGGGAUGGUUCAUUCCAAACUGUUCAGGUGCUGUUCAAGAUAGGCUAAUGUCAUGUAGGUCUAGUGUUACUAAAUAAGAUCCUGUCUCUGUCUGAGAUGCCUUCAUUAAAGUCAGGUAAUCAAGACAAGACAAUGCCUUGUCUCAUUUAUGAAUAAAAAGAUACAGAGAAAGGAG